AUGUCAAAUCUUGCUUUACGAGAAUCGGCGGCUGCAACAUGGAUUGCAAGCAGGUUGGCGCUCUUCUACUCCAUUAGUAAAGAGAAAAAAUUAUCAAGGCCAAGUAGAAUUGAAAUGAAGAUGAAUGAGAAAAAACAGUUACAAAGUUGUUGCAGCCAAUGGUAUUCAUUAACCACAAAAUGGCAGGAAAAGAAUAAUCAAAGUUUUACUAUUGCAAAUCAAGUCGUCAACCUAAAACUACAACUAAUCCGGGAUAGACCAGCCUCACACGUAGCAACCGAAGUGACCAACAUGAAAAUUUCCGUCCAAGAUAACCAUCAAAUGUUAGUGGAAGCUCUAAAUGAAUUGGGUGAUAUUUAUCGUAAUUUCGAAAGAUUGACUUCCAAUUUUCAAGCUAUUCGCGAUCUCUAUGUGCAGAAACAGCAGGAAAAUGUGAUAAUAUGCAAAACUUGGACUACCAACCAUUUCUGUAUGGCCACUUAUAUGUCCUAA